AGCGUAUCCUCCAUUUAGCCUCCAAUCCAUCCCCAAAUCAAACGCUCCCAACAACAAUGGUCUCAUCUUCUCGAACCGCUCCAGGCCGGGGCCGGAACUGGGCGGAACUCCCAGACGACGUCACGGCCUCGAUACUCUCGCGGCUCGGAGCCAUCGAAAUCCUGACGAGCGCUCAGAUGGUAUGCGUGACGUGGCGCAACAUCUGCAAGGACCCGCUGACGUGGCGCACCAUCGACAUGCGCGUUGAUCUUGAUGAUCAGAGGCACAUUCAUCACGACUUGGAGAAGAUGUGCCGCGACGCUGUCGAUCGGAGCUCCGGCAAUUUGAUCGAUAUCAAUGUCGAUAUCUUCGGCACCGACGAGCUCCUCAAGUACAUUACCGACAGUUCGAUGGGAAUCAAACGCCUCCGACUUGCCCAUUGCUAUGACAUAACAAAUGAGGGACUGAGUGCAGUGGCUUCGAAACUUCCGUUGCUGGAGGACCUUGAAAUUUCAUAUUGUUCGUUCUCACAUGAACCUCUAGAAGUGGUUGGGGCCUCUUGCCCUCUUUUG